GCGACAUGUCAUGCAUGUGGGAAAUAUGAAUCUAUCGAAAGUGGAAACUGGAGCACAGUUACUAGCUCGUCUUGGGAGCAGGCCCAGUAUUCAAGGCAUAGAAGACACAUUAUUCUUAGAUGGCCCUAAUGUGAAAGAUGUGUAUGAGUUGUAUGGUGUUGAAGGAUCAGGAAAGACCGAGUUAUUAUUAUCUCUUGUAACAUCAAUCCUCUUGCCCAAAGAUUGGAAUGGUUAUAAUUUAAAUGGAGCAAAUGCUGGAGUAAUAUUUAUUGAUACAGAUUAUAAACUUCAAAUAUUGCGUCUUGUGAAUAUUAUGGAGAAACGAAUCAUGGUAAAGACUGAACAUGACAAACUGGACACAAAUAAAAAGAUGUCCUCAAAUGAUAUUGAAGUUCUGGUGAAAGAGUGUUUAAAGAAAAUAAUGAUUGUUAGGUGUACAAGUAGUUUUCAGUUACUUGUUACCUUGCAUAGUUUAGAAUCAACAAUUUCAAACAAUCCUGAUAUAGCUGUUAUUAUGAUUGACUCCAUUUCUGCAUUUUACUGGAUUGAUAGAUGUAAUGGCGGUGAAAAUAUUGGGGCACAGGAAACAAAUAUGAAUCAUAUUGUAAAACAAUUGUCAAAACUCAUAAACAACUAUAAUUUAGUAUUGUUUGCUACAAAAGCAUUAAACUUUAAAAAGACCAAUAAAGAGAAUGAAUUAAAGGGGGGAAACUGUGCAUCUCCAUCAGAGAAGAAAGUAUUAAAAGACAACCAUGCUGAAUUUUUAUGUAAAUCUUGGUAUAAGUUUGUAAAACAUAGACUUAUAUUUCACAAGGAGAAGUCUUUCAGUGUUUAUUGUAAUUCAUUAAAUAUUGACAUUCAGUUUACAGUAAAUGAAGGUGGUAUAUGUUUUAAAUGAAAUAAAUAAAUGUUUUCAAGAAAAUAGAAAGAGAAACAUUGCAUAGAUAUUUAUGUUGACAUGAAGUAAAAAUGCAAGGAACAGUCAAAUGUUACAUACAGUAGAACAUUUUCAAGUUGAAAUCAGGAAGUAAAAAGAUGUCUUUCCCAUUCUUAUUAAAUUCUA